AUGGCCAGCGGUUACGAUCGAGCUCUGUCCGUCUUCAGUCCCGACGGACACGUCUUCCAGGUCGAAUAUGCUCUCGAAGCCGUCAAGCGCGGUGACAAGAUCGUUGUUCUGGGCUGCGAGAAGCGUAGUGCCAUGAAGCUGCAAGAUACCCGCAUCACUCCCUCAAAGAUUGGUCUCAUCGACAACCACGUCUGCCUCGCCUUCGCCGGUCUGAACGCCGAUGCCCGUAUUCUUGUCGACAAGGCUCGUCUGGAAGCUCAAAGCCACCGUCUGACCGUCGAAGACCCCGUUUCCAUCGAGUACAUCACAAAGCACGUCGCCCAAGUUCAACAACGCUACACUCAAUCUGGUGGUGUCCGUCCCUUCGGUAUCAGUACUCUUAUUGUCGGCUUCGACCCCAACAGCACAGAAGCUAGACUCUUCUACACCGAGCCUAGUGGUAUCUACUCUGCAUGGAAGGCAAAUGCCAUCGGCCGCUCAUCAAAGACUGUGCGCGAAUUCCUCGAGAGAAACCACAAGGACGGAAUGGACCGCGAAGAGACAAUCAAGCUCACCGUCAAGUCAUUGCUCGAGGUUGUGCAGACUGGUGCAAAGAACAUUGAGAUUGCCGUCAUGGAACCUGGCAAGCCCCUGGAGAUGCUCAAGGUCGAAGAUAUUGAGAAGUACGUCGAGAGCAUCAACAGUGAAAAGCAGGAUGAGGCAAACACAAGAAGAGGUCCCCGUGCUGGAGGCCAGGUUGGUGGUGCCGGAGCACAAGGCAGCACAACAGGUCCUGCGGUAGGCACCGAAGCCGUGCUGGCUAGCAGACCGGCUGGCGACGGUGGCAACGCAGAGUAG